AUGCAGGAUUCAUCUGAAGUUUGUGAGAAUCCUGUAGCUUUAGGGACAAAGUCGAGGAGAAAGAGAGCUAAACGAAAGAGAGGACAACAGUGGGCCUAUUACGUCGAGUCGUUUAAAAGAACUGUUGACUGUCUUUACGAAAUCUGUCGCUCUGAUCAUAAUAUAAACGGCUGCAAGGAGGCCAUAAUAUACCUUGAAAAUUCUAAACGCGAUUUUGAGUCACUAAUCAAUACUAUCAAAGUGGAGACCACGUGGGAUGAAUCAAGC